AUGGGAAACUGCAACGCCUGCAUAAGGCCUUCGGAGAAAAGCGAUGCCCCAGCUUCAAAACCCCAAACCCCCAAACACCGCAAAAAACCCCACGAGCGAUACCCCAACCCCUACGCCCAAUCCCCGACUCCGAUACGCGUCCUCAAGGACUUCAUCCCCAGGACGAGAAUCUCCGACAAGUACAUCCUCGGUCGCGAGCUCGGGCGGGGGGAAUUCGGGGUGACGUACCUCUGCACCGACCGGGAGACACGCGAGGCUCUCGCUUGCAAGUCGAUCUCCAAGAAGAAGCUCCGCACGGCGGUGGACGUUGAGGACGUCCGCCGUGAGGUGGCCAUCAUGGCGAGCCUGCCGGACCACCCGAACGUCGUGAAGCUGCGGGCCACCUACGAGGACAACGAGGCUGUUCACUUGGUCAUGGAGCUGUGCGAGGGAGGGGAGCUUUUCGACAGGAUAGUGGCGCGUGGACACUACAGCGAGAGGGCCGCAGCGGCAGUGGCGAAGACGGUGGCGGAGGUGGUGAGGAUGUGUCACCAUAACGGGGUUAUGCAUCGUGACUUGAAGCCGGAGAAUUUCUUGUUUGCGAACAAGAAGGAGAAUUCGGCUCUCAAAGCGAUUGAUUUUGGGCUCUCAGUGUUUUUCAAGCCUGGUGAAAGGUUUUCUGAGAUCGUGGGGAGUCCUUACUAUAUGGCACCGGAAGUUCUGAAAAGAAACUAUGGACCUGAAGUCGACAUUUGGAGCGCCGGUGUGAUUCUUUAUAUUUUGUUAUGUGGGGUUCCUCCCUUCUGGGCUGAAACCGAGCAAGGCGUUGCUCUAGCAAUUUUAAGGGGAGCAAUUGAUUUCAAGAGGGAACCAUGGCCUCAAGUUUCAGAUAGUGCAAAAAGUCUUGUUAGGCAGAUGUUAGAGCCCGAUCCUAAAAGGCGUUUGACAGCCCAGCAAGUGCUUGAUCACCCGUGGAUACAAAAUGCAAAGAAGGCAUCAAAUGUUCCCCUUGGAGAUAUUGUGAGGGCCAGACUCAAGCAGUUUUCUGUUAUGAAUAGAUUUAAAAAGAAAGCACUACGAGUGAUAGCAGAACAUCUAUCAGUGGAAGAGGUAGAAGUAAUUCGAGAUAUGUUUGCACUAAUGGAUACUGACAAUGACGGGAAAGUUACAUAUGAAGAACUAAAGGAUGGUUUACGAAAAGUGGGUUCCCAGCUGGCCGAGCCCGAGAUAAAACUGCUAAUGGAUGUGGCUGAUGUGGAUGGAAAUGGAGUUUUGGACUAUGGAGAGUUUGUUGCAGUCACCAUCCACUUGCAGAGGAUGGAGAACGAUGAGCAUAUCCGAAGAGCAUUUACGUUCUUCGACAAAAACAAAAACGGGUACAUCGAGCUCAACGAGCUUCGAGAAGCCUUGGAAGAUGAAUCAGGUGAAGCCGAUCUUGAUGUUGUUAAUGACAUUAUGCGGGAAGUUGACACAGACAAGGACGGUCAAAUUAGUUACGAUGAGUUUGUGGCGAUGAUGAAAACUGGAACCGAUUGGAGAAAAGCAUCUCGACAGUAUUCGAGAGAGAGGUUCAAGAGUUUGAGCCUUAAUCUAAUGAAAGAUGGUUCUUUGCAGCUCCAGGAUGGGUUUACCGGUCAAACUGUUGUGGUUUGA